ACAAGCCGCAGCGAGACAUUAUAGGCGAGCCUUCUCGUUAUCACCAGGAGAGUGAAUGGGCCUAAAUAACCAAAACUGGCCGGAGUUGCCGAAAGGAAGUAGAAUCAUAACAGCGUCAUGAUCGAGGUGUCGUUCACGCGAACUUACCGACGUUGCGAAAAUAUUUUCCCCAUUAUUUCCAGCGAUGUGAACGCACCAUAAAUACAUAUGCGAAACGUGAAUCUCCUAAAAUGGCGCGAUUAGAUUGGGGGGGGCAAUAUCCCAUGAUUGAGAUCUCAAACUCGGGAUAUUGUUUUUAAAUAUUAUUCCCCACUAUCCACAGAGCCUUAGGGGAUACAUUUAUGUCUUGGGCUGUAUGAAUUUGUAUUCAUUUCGUGUUCUCAUGUAUAAGAAAUAUAUGUUAUCAUUUUAAAUGUAUAUGUCAAAUUUCCAUUGUUUAUUUUUAUGAUUAAUGUCAUCACCAAAGUUUUGUAUGAUGACGGUGCAGCGAUUCUGGAACCUUUCCGUUCUCGCGAGACUCUCCGACGAGAUUACAAGGCGGUAGUAAAUAGACGGCACGCUGGUCUGAGAGGAGAGCAAUAUAACUACACUUAUAAAUAUACUUAUGGUUAUUAUAAACCCGGCCAUUAUACACAUUGAACAUUGAACCUUCAGUGGGCUCACUAGCUUUGCUUUUGAGACCAAGCAGACUGUUUCUGUGUAUUCAUGUGUGUUUAAAUAACCCACAACUAGCCUCGCUGUGGCCUUUCACAACGCUAGGCUAGGCUAAACUAAGCUAGGCUAAGCUAGCAUUUGGCUGACUGUCUCCCCAAACACACAUUUUAAUUGCCAAACGUGGCUGCUUUCUGAUUUCACCAUCUGAAGUGAACCCUGGCCUCCGGAUUUUGACUCAAAGAUGAUCAUCGAAAACCUCGAUGCCUUGAAAAAUUGGCUUUCGAAAACCUUAGAGCCCAUCUGUGAUGCUGACCCCUCUGCACUAGCAAAGUAUGUGGUGGCUCUGGUGAAGAAGGACAAGACCGAGAAAGAGUUGAAAGCCCUCUGCAUCGACCAGCUGGAUGUGUUCCUGCAGAAAGAGACCCAGAUCUUUGUGGAUAAGCUGUUUGAAGCAGUGAGCAACAGAAGCUACCUCCCUCCCUCAGAACAGCAAGCGCCGGUGAACAAGGUCAACCCAAAACUAGAGAAGGAUGAAGUCAAAAAAGAAGAGUCGAGCCGCGAGGACGAUCGAGACAAGUUCUCUCGAAGGGUGAACCACAGUCCUCCACAGUCUAGCUCCCGCUAUGGCAGAGAUGGCAGGAGAGUGGAUGACCGAGGGAAGAGGGACGAGCGGCCCAGGAAGAGGGAGUAUGAACGACAGCCACAACGGAGAGACUCGUACCGGGACCGCUACAACCGCCGUCGCGCACGCAGCCGUAGUCGCAGCCGCAGCUGGAGCAAGGACCGCAUGCGGGACAGAGAGAGAGACCGAGAGAGGGAACGAGGACGAGAGCGAGACCACUCGCGUACCCGCUCUCGGAGCCGGAGUCGAGAGCGUGACGCUGCGAAACCCAAGUAUGACCACGAAGCAGGCGAUCGCUCGGAGGUGGUCGAAGGGUACGCCCCGCCCCCCCUGGUCUCCACGCCGACCACCAGCCACUUCCCCGUCCCCUCGCUGAGCAGCACCAUCACCGUCAUCGCCCCUUCGCAUCACCACGGCAGCAACAACAACAACAGCAUCAGCACCACGGAGAGCUGGUCGGACAUAAGGCCCGACCAAGCCUUCCCCAGGCGCCCGCCCCAGCAGCCCCGGAAGCGUUGCCGUGACUACGACGAGAAGGGCUUCUGUAUGCGUGGAGACAUGUGUCCCUUCGACCACGGCAGCGACCCGGUGGUGGUGGAGGACGUCAACCUUCCCAACAUCCUUCCCUUCCAGCCCCCUCCCUCGCAGCCCCCCCCAGGUCUCCCGCCGCCUCCCCCCCUCAUGAGCCCGCCUCCUGCUCAGCUCCGGCCCCCAGUGCCCCCCCCUGGCUCGCUCCCCCCCAGCCUCCCACCUGUAACAGGUCCUCCUCCCCCACUCCCCCCUCUGCAGGCCUCUGGUAUUGCCGCUCCUCCAAACUCCAUCGCCAGCUCCGUCCCCACCAUCGUCACCUCUGGGAUGCGCUCCUCUCUCCCUCCCCCAUCCGCUCCCCUCUUCUCCUCCGACUCAUAUGAUACAGACAUGUACAACCCUGAGGCCCCCAGCAUCACCAGCAUGUCCAGGCCCAUGCAGUACCGCCACCGAGCCAGCGUCCAGAGACCCAACCUCAUCGGACUGACCAUGGGAGACAUGGACCAGCCCCACAGAGAGAAGCCUCCUAACCACCGGGUGGUGAUGGAGUCGGACCCCAGGAAGAGACCAGCCGGCCUCCCCGAUGGCAACAUGCCCCCGAAGAAACCCUGGUUCGAAAAACCCAGCUUUGGGAACCACCAGGGCUUCCAGAACAGAGCUCCUGCACAGUUUCACCCCCCCAACUCCAGGCUUCUGGUCAGACAGAUCCCCCCUGACCUCAACAACAUCAGCAAGCUCAACGCACACUUCUGCCGGUUUGGCACCAUCGUCAACCUGCAGGUGGCGUACCAAAGUGAUCCAGAGGGGGCGCUGGUCCAGUUCUCCAACCCCCAUGAGGCCAAGCGGGCCAUGCAGAGCCCCGAGGCCGUGCUCGGUAACCGCUUCAUCAGGGUCCACUGGUACAGACCGGAUGGACCCCCCGGACCCCCAACCUCCCUGCAGCCUGCCCACCCUGCAGACCUCAGCGCCCUGCCAACCUCUCUCAAACAGUCUGUGAAGGACCGUCUGGGGCCCCUGCUACCAGGGCCCUCGGAUAACCAUAACCCCGCUGACGCCUCUCAGAAUUCCGCCAAAACGUCAGUGAAAGAGAGGCUUGGGUUUCCCGUUAAGCCUGCCAUUCCUACUGAGAAGGUCUUUUCCACUUCCAAAGGGCUGACCAAGACCGUGUUCAACCCUGCUGCUCUGAAGACUGCUCAGAGGAACAGCGAGGACACGCUGAGGAAGAAACAGGAAGCUCUGCGGUUGCAGCAGGAUGUAAACUGCAAGAAACAACAGAUCCUAGAGAAACACAUCGAGACACAGAAGCUGCUGAUAUCCAAGCUUGACCAGAAGAAGGUGGUGGUGAAGGUGGAGGACCGGGCGAAGAUCAUGCAGACCCUGUCCUCCCUCACCCAGAUAAUCACAAAACUCCAAGGGGAGAUCAAGGCUUCGUCUAGCUGCCCCCAACCCAUGCGCUCCACAAAGACCAAAGCCCAGGCCCAGAAAGAGCUUCUGGACACAGAGUUGGAUCUCUACAAGAAGAGCCAGGCUGGAGAAGACAUAGCACUGCUCAAGAUUAAGUACACCCAGCUACAGAUAGAGGCGGCCAAGCGGGGUCUCUUGGCUCGGGGUCGGGGGCUGCUGAUGAGAGGUCGGGGGUCACUCAGGGCUCGGGGGCGGGGCUCCAGGGGGCGAGGCCGCGGCGCCUCGCUUUACGCGUCGGUUGAUCAUCGGCCGCGAGCCCUAGAGAUCUCGGGCUUCUCCGAGGCCGAGCAGGUUGAACUGCUGCCACACUUCGCGCAAUUCGGAGAGAUCGAGGACUGCCGAAUAGAUGAGGAGACUCGUUCUGCUGUCAUCACCUACAGGAGCAGGGCAGAGGCAGAGCAGGCGGCAGUCCACGGUGUGAAGCUGAGCAGUCUCCUCCGUUUGUCGUGGUACAAACCUCCAAUCAGCAUGUCGACUGCCGACCACGGUGACCCCGAGCCCGACGACGAAGAGUUUGCAGAGGAGCCGAUGAGUGAUGACGCUCUGCUUCAGGAUGAUGAUGAAGAGGAGGAUGACAACGAGCCUCGCUCCUGGAGGAGAUGAAGAUCACCACAUACACGCACCUGGACCACCUCGGCGUGUGAUUAUUAAUUGCGAGAUAGACUGUGACAUCAUACAUUAGAACUUGAUUUGUUUUCCUCAGCUGAUGUUUCUUAUGAACGUGUUCAACAACAGAACCUUUUUAAUUAUCUUAAAGUAUAGAAAUGAUUCAACAAUGUUUUUCAUUUUUUUGGGGUGACGUGUUAAAUAAUCAAAUUUUUGAUGCCGUUUUCUUUGAAUUUAAAAAUAAUUUAGGUUGUGUUGAAUGAAUUUGAGUACUAUUGGUAGCUGCGCAUGUGUAAAUAUUUUAUGUAUCAGUUUUAUUCAUUUUGUAUGACUUGUUUGCUUCUCACUUUCUGGCUUAAUGAAUUGUAAAAAAAAAUAAAGAAUUGAAAUGGUCUUAAGAAAAAUGUGCUGCACAAAAAAUUCAACAAACCAAAAAAAAAUGAUGAAAAAAAUGCAGCAAAGUAAAAAAAAAAGUUAAGAAAUAAAGACCAUUUAAAAAAAAAAAAAAAAUGCAUAGAAAAAAAAUACCUAUUACCUUAAGCUCUACACUCCUACCAUUGUUUCCUGUUCCAUUGGUUGAUGUCGCUGUCUACUAGAUCCUCCCAAGCCCUGUACGCUCAUCCCUUUUUUUUUUCUUUUUUUUAAUGUUACAACAUACUGUGUAUGUCGUAUGUAAAUAAAUACUGACAUACUGUGUAUGUCGCAUGUAAUUAAGUAAAUAAAUACUGACUUAAUUCUAUCGGAAAAUAUUCGAUUUCUUUAAAUUGUCAACUUUUUGCCUUAUCCAAGUAGCCUAGGCAUGUUGGAUAUUUUAGGAUACGCAUAUAUUUACUAAAUUACCAAAAAUCCUAAUAAACAAA